AUGAGAGUAGCCACAUUUCGAGCAGAGGCAGCAUGGGCCCUGCUGGGUCUGUUGUCUCAGGGCAGCAGCAGCUUCCUCUCUCGCAGACAAGCUGUGCCAUCGAUCCCAAGAGUAACGCCCGCUCCACGCCUUGAUAUUUCGGCACUGGUUCAACGCCAGGCCGAGGAUAUUACAGCUGUCAGCGAUUGUCAUGCACAUGGAGGUGAAGUAUGGUGCAUGGCUGGGACAACAGAGUAUGAGGUGGUGGUCGCAGCUACGGCAACGUCGGAGCUUCCAGCAUCUUAUACCGACUGCCAUGCCCACGCAUCAAGCUUGUAUUGCGUCGAUGCAGCAGGAGACGAUGUUCAGGUUCUCAUUGACGACGCAGCUGCGCACAGCGGAGAGCCUGAGCACGGCGGAGGGUCCGACCACGACGGAGAGGCUGGGACGAACUCCCCACAGGAAUCAUCCGAGUCCACGGGAGGAAUGGACUGCCACUUCCAUGCUGGAGUUGAGCACUGCGUCGGGGCAGAAGGAGAACAUGGAUCAUCUGCAGCCACGUGUACCCGCCAGUCUCGCGACUACAACAUCCCUCUUAGGAUCGGGCUACUCUUUGUCAUCCUCGUGACCAGCUUCAUCGGUGUCGCUGGGCCAAUUUUCCUUAAGCCUGUGUUACCAGCCAAGUUCAACGUCGUAUUCGUGAUACUGAAGCAAUUCGGAACCGGUAUCAUCAUAUCGACUGCAUUUGUUCAUCUUUAUACUCACGCGAACCUGAUGUUUACGAACCAAUGCUUAUCGGGCAUCGACUACGAAGCGACCACGUCGGCGAUUGUUAUGGCCGGGAUCUUUUUAUCCUUCAUAGUCGACUUCGUGUCGCAUAAGAUUGCUUCCGGGUCCAAGAGCCAUCAGCACGGUGCUAACUUGCACAACACUGAUAGUGUCGUCCAAGUAUUGGUCUUGGAAAUGGGAAUCAUCUUCCAUUCUAUUCUUAUUGGUGUCACCUUGGUUGUCACCGGCGACAGUUUCUUUAUAACCCUCUUUAUUAUCAUCUUGUUCCACCAGAUGUUUGAGGGUAUUGCAUUAGGUACGCGCAUUGCUUCCAUUAAUCAGGUUGCACAUUCCGCCAUGGCGGAUACUCCGAGUAGUCGGUCGACUUCCAACGACAAGGAUUCGGAGCCCGCUGGUACGUCAAAUGCCUCCAGCCCGGACUCGGUGGAUGAGAAAGCCUCAAAGCCACUGCCCAUGAUUCAGAAGCUCUUCAUGGCUGUGGCCUUUGCUAUCAUUACACCGAUAGGCAUGGCCAUUGGUAUUGGGGCGCUGCGGUACUUUAAUGGGAAUGACCCAUCGACGUUGAUAGCUCUUGGAACGCUCGACGCGCUGUCAGCUGGCAUCUUGGUCUGGGUUGGCCUUGUGGAGAUGUGGGCCGCAGAUUGGAUAUUUGGAGGCGAGAUGGUGCGCGCCAGCGCAAUGAUUACCAUCGCCGGUGGAGUAUCCUUGGUGGCCGGCAUGGCUUUGAUGAGCUUCUUGGGCAAAUGGGCAUAG